AACAAACUCUUUCAAGAAAGAUGUCUAACAGUCUUGGGAAGCGAUCAGUUCUUUUGAACGUUCUUGUCAUCCAUGGAGUGCUUCUCUGGUUCAGCCUCCACAUAGUCAGCUGUCGCGUAAUCUCGUGCCAACCGCGUGACGGAUCGACAGGUGGCAUGACCUCCGUGAUUCUUCGUGUUAGACGCUUCGUGAACGAGUCUGUGAACUUUCGUCGUGACAGUCCUCGACCACUAUCGAAGCCGUUUUAUCACACAAUACCCAAUGAUGGAAAAGUACAUCUCUUUAACAGCAACCUGAAAGUAAAGUUUCACGGAAAGGAUGUAUGCGUCUCGACGAUGAAAGAAACGGUAGUGGAUGAAAAAGGAGCUAACGAGAACAAAAAAUACUCGUGCGAACGCGUUUGUUUUGGUCUCGGGGAUCGCGUAAACCUGGUAACUAAUUCUUCCUCUGGUGGUCGCCUAUGGCAUGGGAAGAUGUGUUGUGUACGAAAACGAGAAAUAUAUCUGCAACUUGAUGUUAUGACUGCGGGUCCAAAGUGCCUUACAUGUCAAAGAAGAAUGUGCCAAAGAGAUCACAUGACGAUCAAACAAUGUCCACCCGGAGAUAAAUGCUUAGCCAUUACCUUGAAUAAACCAGAAAGUGCAGCGGAGACGAACUCAAGGUAAGUGAUGUUAUUAGGAUUGCGCAGAGUUACUACGCAUCAAUUCACGCGCGAUUACAACGCGCACGGCCGUGCGUGCGUAGAAAAUUUGCGGCUUUAUGUCGGCUAUAGCUAUAGCCAGGGCCGUUACCGUUAGAGAGUUGGAUUGCGAUUCUCUUAGAAAAGAGAGUGAUGACCCUGCAUCAUCUUUUUCAAUUAUACAGUUACUUUUUAACGCAUUACCUAACUUGCCUGCAUGUCGUAGUUGGAGAACAACCUGAAUGCAAAAUUGAAAGAUUUAAGCCUUCGAGAAUGACUCAGAUUCGUGGUCUUGAGCUCGUGACAGAUUGUCAGCAUCUCCCUUGUUUCUUUGAAUGUCCUAGGGGAGGACUGAAAGAUCUCGAGUGUUAAUUCUAUUACUUCGGUGAUUUAAUCUUAUCAACAGAGCAAGGGCUUCAAAAAGUGAAAGUAAUUAAACGGCACGCCAGCUAGGGCUCACGGGAUGGAAACCAAAUAAAUUAUCCCUUGUUGCUCUCUUCCGAAAAAAAAUAUGUAAUUAUUUAACCGCAGCUUAUUUUUAUUUACCAUUGCUUACUAAUAUUUUUUAGCGUUCUGCCGCUCAUGCUGGGUUGUUCUAGUGAUGACGGAUUGAGAGGUUACUCAUGCAACGAUCAAUGUCGCCGAGAGGUGGAACUGGUGGGGUCUGGAGUGAGACGCGUCUGCGUCCGUUGUUGUACCGGCAACGAGUGUAACAGAGUAGGAGCUUCUAAGAACGAAACUGAAACCACUGUCAUGGAAGAUGGAGUCCAGGAUAGAAAACUGUCAGAGACUGUUAACGGAGGGUCUGGUGACAAGGGUGAUAAGCUGCUAAUAACAUUUGGAUUAACCGCGGUCCAUUGCGGGUUAUCCUGGAGCAAAAUGAAAUGGUGAUAAAGCUUGCAAAACAUGUAACGGGAACUUUCAAGUCAAGUUUCGCAUAGAAUACCGGAUUUAAUUUGUUUUACUUAGCUGCGCUCUGAGAUGGGUCUCAAAAAUGUGUCUACCUCUCAAAGAAUCAGAUAAAAAACUAGAACUAAUUGGUUGUCCACGUUUUCCCUCGCUCUGUGAUUGGUCUGGAAAACUCGAGCCCGCCUAAACAACCAAUCAGAUGCAUAUCUAAAAAAUUAAUCGUGAAUUGGUUAUCCGCGUUUUCCCACGCCUUGGCGUUUUUCAUGUACUUGCUUACCCUAAUUUAUCAUUUCCUACUUAAAACGUCAGAGAUUUUGAUCUGAUUGGUUGUAGUGAGUGCUUUGGUUUUAACUUCACGGCACUCGGUUGAAGAGUUCGCUGUAAUAUUAUACCCAAAUGUAGAAUUAUUGUAUUUAUAACUGUAAAUAUCACGAUUUAUAGAAUAUCUUUAAUUGUUGUAUGUAAUGCGAAUGAGUUACAUCUUAGUAAAUCAUAUACUUGUUUUGUGUUUAUAAUGUAAAAUACAAAAGGAUGUUGGUAAUGAAGAGAUCCUGUACAUUUCAGUUCUUUAUGCGGUAAGUGAUUUGAACCCGGGGGUCAUGUGAUGGUAUUGUCUGAUCGUUCGGGUGAGUGUAGUCCUGAGAAAGACUGUUGUCGGUGACUGAUGUUUCGAAAACCCGAGUGGAG